UUCUGUUUUCGUUGUCGUAUUUUCUUGUUUGUAUAUUGCGUUUCUCUUGCGGAAAUCGGUAUUUACAAAUUAAAAUGUUCAUAUAUUCUUCAGUUAAGUAAGAAAUAGCAAUGAACGUUCUCGAGAAGGCCGAGAAGGCCCUGGAAUAUUUAAAAAACUACGAAGGUGUAGCAAAAGCUCAUGAGUUACAAGCUGCAGCUGGGACACUGGGCCGUUGUUUGGGAGCUCUCGGCACACGACAGAACUGCGCUAGGCAUUAUGCAAAUUUACUUAGUGCUGCUGUUCCAACUUUGCUUGCAUUGGCUAGUCAUGAAAGUGCUGAGGUGAGACUUCUGGGAGAUGAAGCUCUCAACAGAGUUGUUGUUGGUGGAUUUGCUUUCAACUCUUAUAAGACUAAUGCCAUCCUACUCAAUCAAAUUGAGGUGUCCAGAAAUGCACGAUGGAUAAGAGCAUCAUUAGCCCGGAUAUGUCUGGGAGACAGUUGGUUACGCCCUGGUAUCGGAAAAAUAAGAUCUCAGGCUCAAACUCUGUUCCCCAAGCUGAGUGAAAUUGUGCGUACUACCAGUGAAUUGCCACUUAUCGCUGAGGCACUGGAAAGUAAUCUACCGAGGAUUUUGAAUGCGUUAGCUGAAUACACUACUGAUGAAGAGAUACAUGAGCUGUCGACUGCACUGCUUGCACACGUGCAGUGCGGCGAGGCGUCAGUGCGGCGCGCGCUGGGCGCCUGCCUCGCCUCGCACUGCCAGCACCGCGAGACUCAGCUCGGCGCCGUGCUGGAUAUGGGAUAUGAAAAAUUGUGGCCCACGGCAGCUGAAGAUAACAUAAUUAUUGGAUGGUUUUGCGUUUUCAAAGCUAUCUUCCAACAGAACGAAUUCAAGAAGUUCAAUGAAAGCAAUGUGUUCUCUGUUCAGGAUUUUUUAGAACUUUAUCAACUGUGCAUACACUACAUUGAACUAACAACCACGGAGCACAAUGUGCAAAACGCGGUACUGGAGUGUUUAACCGUACUGAUAUCUCAAGCUCGUCUCGGUUAUAGGAAAGCGUUGCUGGAGAAGCACCCCAGUCCUGUGUGUUUGGAUUCAAGGACCAGUGUGAAAGGGCAUAAACGGAAUUUCAGCUACACGAGCGCGGUGUCGGCGCAUAGCACGCACAGCACGCACAGCGCGCACAGCACCGCUAGUGGGGGGGGCGGUGCGGGCGGUGCGGGCGAGCUGGCGCUGCGCGGCGCGCUGCGGCUCGGCUCGGCCGCGCGCCUGCACACACCCUCGCACAGCUCGCACGAACUGCCCAUACAGACCCCGGACACGCCGCAGAGCGGUGAAGGUGGGGGCGGCGCGGCGCCGGACGCGGGGCAGCUGCUGGGCGCACUGGCAGAGCGCCUGCAGCACUACGCCGACGAGCACGCGGAUACCGAUGUGCGGGAUUGUGACAUGAACAUAAAUAUCGGAUCAAGUUCAGACGAUGACGUAAGACUGAAGUACUGCGCGAGAUUGCUCGUUUACAAAUUCCUGCUCACCGGUUGUAGAGGGCAGCUGGUGUCGGACCGGUCUGUCCGAGUGUCUGUGAAGUCUUCAGCACUGUCGUGUCUAGCGGAGAUCCUGCGGCUGUACCCGCAAAUUGCAACACUGUACCUCGAUAAGGACGCUGAUACUAAGUUUCUCAAUUAUUCUAGUACCUCAGAAGGCGCCGAGUCAAACCAAGACACCCUCGACGAGUUCAUUUUAGAACGAAACGUUUGCUUCCAAGACUCCCUCACAGAGUCCCUUAGCCAGGAUCUGCUAAAAAGUUGCGACAGUACGCAGCAGUCGAAGAACUCGAAGGACACGAAAUCAAUAGAGAAGUCCCUGGAAAGUGAGUUGAAAAGCCUCAAAGAUGCACCCAGUAACAUGCUGGACAGCAAACUGAUCGCCAGCGAACUCAGCGCUGACACCAACAUGACGAACAGCAAUUUCACCACCAACUCCACUGACGAGCAAUCAACUGGAUAUCCGAUGUCGAGUAGCGGUGGCAUCCUAUCUUCCAGCAUCGAUCUGGACAUGAAGUUCGACCAUUUUGGUGACUCCACCAAUGUCGAAACGGUCAAGUUCGACAAAGAGUUCGAUAGACGACCGAAGAAGAUUGAUGUGAUGUCGAUGAGCGAGGAUCAGUGUGAGAGCGAAGUGGAGUAUCAGCAUUUGAGCGAUAUCUUGUUGUUGGAGAACCACAGCGACCCUCAGAUACGGGGUUUAUUGAGGGUUUGCUUGGGCCGCUACCUGGUGGCCGCGUUGGAGCUGGCGCACGGGGAUUACAACCGAUGGAGGAGCUACGCCUCGCUACCGAAGGAUGUUGCUGAGGUCCUGAGCGUCGAAAAGCUGAUGGAGGUCAUUUUGAAGGGUCUCUCAGACGAGAUCCACUCGGCGGUGAACCACACGCUGGGCGCGCUGGGCGCGCUGAGCGGCGCGCUGGCGCACAGCGCGCACGCGCCGCAGCUGGGCGGCGUGCUGGCCGCGCUGGCCGCCGCGCGCCGCAACCCGUACUGGCUGUGCCGCCUCAACCUCGCCAGGCUGUACGAGAAACUGCCCUACGCCAGAUUAUUCAUGCUGAGUCCAAACUACAAGCAGCAGAGCAAGGUGAUAAUGGACACUCUGUACCAGCUGCUCGCCGACACCGACCAGAAAGUACGGACUGCCGCCGCGAACACAAUCGCUGUCAUAGCCCCGUCGCUGCACGUGCCGGCGCGCGCCAGCAACACGGCGUGGCUGGCGGAGCAGGCGCGCUGCGCCAGCGCGGCGCUGGCGCUGCGGCCGCGCGCGCCCGCGCUGGCGCCGCUGCGCCGCCUGCUCUGCCUCGCCGACCUGCCGCCGCAGCUGCGCGCGCGCCGCAGCGCCGCCGCCGCCGCCGACGACGCGCUCGCCGAGCCGGUGGCCGCCCUCGUCGUGGCGCUCAUGGAGACCGGCUGCAGGAACUUCGCGCAAGGCGCAAUAGAAGCGCUCCGAGCGCUGUGCGUCCGCCACCCGCCCGCGCGGCACGGCGCGGCGUACCGCGGCGCGGGCGCGGCGGCGCUGUGCGCGCACGCGCUGGCCGAGCGCGGCGGCGGCGCGCUGUGGGCCGCCGCCGCGCUCGACGUGCUGCGCCUGCUCUACCCGGUUGAAAUCGACUACAUUAUGCGCAACAAAACCAACAAGGACAUAUUCGAACGCGACCCACAAGAAGUUAAAGAGAGAUGGCAAUACUUAGAGAACGAGAGAGUUGCAGCGCUCUCUGAGAAGUUUCUACAAGUGACACUCAAAAUGCUUAACGUUCUGGUACACUUGAUAGAGGAAGUUAACCCUAAUAUACAUGUGAAUAAGAGCAGUAUUGCUCUGCCCGGCAGUCCAGUAAGGAGGAAGACGCAAGAUGCGACCCCCCGCAAGAGCAGCAUCACGCCAGAGUCGGACGACAAGACAUCUGCCAAGAGGAAGCCCACCGCGCCCGCCAACACGCUCAAGGCGAGCUUCGCCGGACACUUCGUGAACGAGCCCAUGUUCGUCAAGAUGUACGACAACUUGAGGGCUACGUACUCUAAUCAUAAGAUAAACCUGGAUCCAAAGAGCAGUAUCUUUUACGAGUUCCUCUCAACCGUGCUCAAUUCGCUGGCCAUACAACUAGAACUGUCCACCGAAGUCGAAUUCGGGCCUCUAACUGAAGAAUUGCUCUUCUACCUCAAAGUGAUAAUGCCCCUUUGUCCCGAAAACGCAGUGUACUGCGUCACGCAACUGCUCAAGUGCCUCUUCGGUACCAACAUAAUAAAUCAGUAUCAAGACUAUCUGAACAUAGCUGAUCCGGUGCCCAAGAAACAACCGGCGAGUUUCUACGACGAUGUCCUGAUGGUGAACAGCCUGGACACUGAGACAAGACGCGAUAGCGUGUCCUCUGAAGGUAGUCAAAAGGAGACCAAAGACCCGGAACUAAUAGAGGAGAGGCGGCUGCUGCUGGCGAUAGAGAAUUUCAAUAAGAACCGAAUGGAUCGCAAGUGGAGCGCCAAUAAAAAGGAGUUGGAGAGAUAUAUACGGCUGUUCGAACCGGUUGUGAUACAGGCGUUGAAGAUGUACACGCUGCAGAGCGGCGCGGGGCUGCAGCGCGCCGUGCUGCAGCUGCUGUGCCAGCUGCUGUCGCUGCGCGUCAACUACUGCAUGCUGGACAGCGACCAGCUCUUCAUCGGCUUCCUGCUCAAGCAGCUCGACCUGCUCGAGCACCACGAGAUACCUAAUUGCUGUGAACUAGUCAACAGUAUAAUGUCAUUUCUGGUGCAGCUGUCGUCAUCGAAACACCACUCGAAACAAAUUAUAGAAAUUCCUAAGCUGAUCCAGCUGUGCGACGGGCUGCUGGCGGCGGGCGCGCAGGACGCGUGCGCGGCCGGCCUCGAGCCCGUCGCGCUGCGCGUCUUCUCCUCGCUCGGCGCCGGGACCGGCACGCUGGGUCGCACACAACAGCAAGAACUGCAAGCCACUCGGGAGGUGAUUUUCUAUAUGCUGCAGAAAACUAUGCAUUUGCCAAGGGUCGUGGAGCUGGUGACGUGCAUCCUGGCGCUGAGCUCGCACGCGGGCGAGGCGUGGCGCUGGGGCGCGCAGUGCGGCGCCACGGCCGCGCGCGCGCUGCGCGGCGCCGCGCCGCGCCCGCUCGCGCGCCUGCUCGCGCGCCUCGCGCCGCACCUGCGCGACCAGCCCGACCAGCCCGCGCUCGACCUGCUGCUGCGCGCGCUCUUCGCGCCGCCCCCGCAGGACACGGCACCGCGCAAGGAGAAACUGCAGUACCUCACGAGCAUCAUGCUGAUCCUGCGCAAGGUGCUCGUGCUGAUACCGGAGAGCGAAAUCCUGUUAUCCAUCAACUACCUGAAGGCGACGUGUAUCGCGCCGCAGUCCAUCUUCUUCAACGUGAAGCCCGACACGGACCCGCUCAACGUACAAAACGUGAACGAGAGCUGCGCCAAUCUGUCGCCGGACGUGAUACUGGUCAGGUUCCUGUUCAGGGCUCUCACCUUCGCGAUCAUGGCGAUGGAGGACUUCGACGGCGACGUGGAGGACGAGGGCUGCGACGAGGACGACAUGAUGCUGUACACCGUUGUGGUGAACAUCAUCGUGCAAGUGAAGCAUAUGCUGCAUUUGACAACCGGGUGCCUGUUCCCGCUGACGGCGAAGUCCGCGCAGAGCCUGCUGCAGGCCGAGCAGAGCGGGCUGAACCCCGGCCUGUACAGCCCCGACGAGAACGUGCCGCUCGACGCGCUCAGCCGCGCCGUGCUGCGCGCCGCGCACGCGCGCCCGCUGCUCGCCGCGCACUGGUCGCACCUGCUGUGCAGGCUGGGCUGGGUGUCGGCGGGCUACUGGCAGCAGGUGGCCGGCUUCUCGCGCCGCGUGCCGCUGUCGGCGCGCGCGGCGCCGCCCGCGCACGCGCUGCAGCUCGCCGUCGCGCUCGCCGCCGCCGACCACGUGGUGGAGGGCGCGCUGGGCGACGCGGUGGCGGCCACGUGGGUGGUGGCCAACCGCGCGGGCGAGCUGGUGCGCUGGCGCCGCGAGCGCGCCGCGCGCCGCCUGCUGGCCGCCGUGUGCGCCGCGCCCGCGCCCGCCGCGCUGCUGCUGCACGCGCUGCCCGCGCGCUGCCGCGACUGCCUGCAGGGAGAAUUCGCAUUGAACACGUACGAAAUACUGUCAACGAUACACGAGAGCCAGUCGGGGCCGCUGAUAUUCUUCAUAUGUCGCAUCAUCGGCAAGCUGGAGCCUUCCCUGGCUACUAGGUUUGCGCAGCUAGCAAUAGAUAGGUGUAAGAUGCUGAAAGAGAUGCCGCUUGAGCAGAUCACCAGCCAGCUAACUAAAGAAGACGUGCAGGUGGCGCUCGAGAUGCUGCAGAAGGACAAAGUGCAUUUGAGGUACCGGCCGCUCGUGUCGGCGCUGAACGGGCUGGCGUGCAGCGCCUUCGACCUGUCGCCGCUGGCGGGCGGCGCGCGCGCGCUGCACCCGCGCGCCGUGCUCGCCGCGCCCCCCCCACCCGCCGCACCCCCCACACCCGCCGCGCCGCUCAACGCGCAUCACGUCAAGGCCAGGUGCUGUCAGCAAGAUACCUCCCUACCAAGAGUACCUAAGUAUACAGAUUUAGCCAAUUUAUUAACGAAACUUUCCCUCGAAGACAUCAACACGAUCGUGUCUUGCCCGGACUUCGAUAGGAAAAUACUUUGUGCCAGUUUCAAAGUGACGUGCGAGACCUUUAUACGAGAUUUCCUUAAUGUCGUGUCCGUGCAAGAAUUGAAAGAGAUGGAACGGGAAAUUGCGAGGGAAGAGAGAGAGAUGGAGACGGAAAAUGAGGAAAUGACGUCAUCGAUAGAUAGCAAUAAGAUUAACGUUGUUAACAUCCACGUUUUCAAGAAAAGCGAUAGCAAAGAAUCAAAGUCACAGUUCUUUAUACCAAUGGUUGACAAUGACGUUAAAGAAAACUUUGGCAAUUUAAAAAUAACCGAGGAAGAGUGCGAAAUUAACAUACCAGAAUUACCUAAAUUAUAUCUAGCGAGUAUAUCUUCGCUAGACAAAUCCUUGGCAGAAAUAUUAAGGUUAUUUCCCAAGCAAAGUCGGCCGCUUAGCCAGUCUGAAAACUUUAACCUGAACGUGGAACAAACGAUAGACAGGUAUACACGACGGUGCCAUCAAGUCUUCCAAGAUAAACUGUUUUAUCAAGAGUUCAUGACGAUACAAACGAUUCUCACUGGAUUUCUUCCCUCUCUAGAACAAGUUGUCAAUCUCAUCGACGACACGGACUGUGAUUUGUUAGAGAAGUGCAUAGAAAACUUACUCCCAAGCACUCUAGCUCGCAACUUGGCGAUAUUUAGUGUGGUGUCGUUGCAAUACCUGUCGUUUUUGAUAAGUAACAAGACGGUCGUGGAGACACCGGCACACAAUGAUAUGUCGUUUCGCGCCAACACGCCCACAGAUAACGUUUGUGUGGACCAUGUCAUUAUUGUUACCAUAGAUAAUGUGGCAAAGGCUUUGAAGUUUGAGGAGAUUUGGUCGGAGCUAAACGUGGAAACUCAAAUGAAUAGGAUACAGUCUGCUAUAUGUUGUUUGUACGCCGUGGUCAAGUAUUUGGUCAAGGACAUUAAACCACUUACAUCGAAGUCUUACAUACAGACCCAAGAUUGUGGACCCAAACCAGACAUUAUAAUUACCGGAGAUAAAUUGAUAACUCUAAUCGAAUAUUGGGAACAGAACUUCUAUGUUAGAAGUGAAAAUGUUCUUCGGAAACGAUAUAAGAAGCCGAUUGAAGAUCUAAUUAUCUGUUUAUCAAGGAUAGAGAUAGUGAGCAACAUGGCGCUAAUCCCGCCGCUGGCGUGGUCGAGCGUGGAGGUGCGCGCGCGCAAGGACCGCGAGCUGCUGCAGCGCGUGGAGCUGCCGCUGCAGGCGCUGCAGGACCUCGACGUGCUCGAGGCUUUCCUCUUCAGGGUGAACCUGAUCGGCUGGUCGUCGAAGAAGCAGUUCGAGGAGAUCUGGGUGGGGCUGGUGGGCGCGCUGCAGGGCAACGGGCCGCACUGCGCCGUGCGCGGGCUGGCGCGCGCGCUGUGCGCCGCCGCCGCGCGCCGCCGCGCGCCGCCCGCGCGCCUCGCGCACGCGCCGCGCCGCUACCUGCCGCUCCACGACGGCAUGCAGCGUCUGCGCAGCAUACUCGUGGACACUUCUGCAUACAAAAUAUUCGAAGACGUGAAUUUGGAACACAUUCCCCUGCUCAACGACAACAUCGACGGGUACCAGUAUGCGCAGUUCAGUACUGAAUACCUGAAGUUGGCUUCCGACAUCAUCGAUGACGCACACUGGCGCGUGCGGCGCGAGGUGAAACGCAAACGUAAGCGCACUGACAUCGACCUCAACAGCUGUCUGCAGCUGCUGAUGGAUGUCGCCGCUGACAUGCUGGAUCCUAAGGCGAGCACGGGGCUGGCGGCGCGCGUGGCGCUGGUGGCGGCGCUGGGCGCGGCGGGCGCGGCGUGCAGCGGCGCCGCGCAGUGGGCGCGCGCGGCCGAGCUGCUGGCGCGCGCGCCCGCCGCGCCCGCCGCGCCGCUCGCGCCCUGGCCCGCCGCCGCCGCCGCCGCGCUGCACGCGCUCGCGCUCUGCCUGCCCGUCACGCGCCUGCAGGACCCGUCGGCGGUCCACGAGAAGCUGUUGCGCUCGCUGUCGGCGUCGUACGCGCCGCUGCGGCAGGCGGCGCUGCGCGGCUGGCUGGCGCAGCUGGCGCUGCGGCCCGCGCCCGCGCGCCCCGUGCGCGCCGCGCUGCUCGACCACGUGCUGCUGCACCUCGACGCGAGCGACAGGAUAUCAGUGUACGCGCAGAGCCUGUACUGGACGCUGCUGUUCGAGCUGGCCGCGUGGCAGCCCGAGCUGGUCACCCGCGCGGUGGACUUCCUGCUCAAGAACCCGGACCAUUACUGCACCGAUCUGGUUGUUAGAGGAAUAAUUUCAUGUCUCCGGCUACAAAUUCUGCCGAAAGAGCUGAAGAAGAACAUCAUAGAGACGCUGCUGGAGAACAUGACCAAGUACUCGGAGCAGCACGCCGUGCAGAUACUGAUGGUGCACCUGUUCUCUGCGGGCAACAAGCUGAUAUCGCCGAAGCAAACAUCGGACGUGUCCAACAUGGACCCGGACGUGCUGAUGAGCACGAUGGAGCGCAUCACGCUGCUGUACCGGCUGCUGCGCUCGGCGCGCUCGCGCGACGCCGCACGUGCGGCCUCCAACGCGCUGCGCUACUUCCUCAGGGAAACGCUGCCGCCGGCGGCCACCUUGAGCCGCGUGGUGAUCGAGUUCCUGGACACGUGCCGCACCUGCGGCGUGUGCGGCACCUGCGGCGUUUGCACUGUCGGUGGGAAGGGCGGCUCGUGCGGCGUGUGCUGCACGUUGGUGGAUAGGCAGAGGUGGAUACGGCGCUGUGUGGCCAACUGUGAAGUUGUCUUCGAGGUGUUCGAAGCAUCCGUAUCGCAGAACCAAUUGCCCGUACUCAGCGGGUGGAUGUUUGAGGCCCUCUGUCACCUGGUCUCCGGCAAGGUUCCUCCCCCACUCCUUCCUACCACCCUCCUCCCGCUGCUGGUGAGCGCUUCCCCCAUCCAGCACUUCAGGGAUUCCUUCCCCCUCGCCCUCAACAUCUUCCGGCAAGGCUUCUACAAGCAAGAACAGGAUUUGGGCAUCUUUAGUGAUAUCCUCCAGCCAAGUGCGAGCAUGCCUUUCGCGGAUAGAAAGUUCCUGUGUAUGGUCGCGGUGCACUCGCAAUUUACUGAGCCCCAAUUGGUGAGAUUGAGAGAGUUGUGUGAGGAGAAUGAAGUUUUGGAUGACUUGAAACAGUGUUUGAGUUUGAUGAAUGAGGAUAGUGAGGUGAGAUGAUUUUGGGGGUGAGGGGUUUGGCAAAAAAUUAUUUGUUAAUGUUUUUUUUUAUGUUUAGUCUGUUGGAUAUAAAUAAAUCGAGGUUUAAAUCCUUUUAAGUAUUUAUUUGUAAAAGACCAUUUUAGUCAAUUGUGUGUUUAAAAAGUUGUUUAUGCCUUAAAAGAUGCAUGAGAAUGUAGUCAAUGAAUAUAUUUAUUAUGUUAAAAAAACCCAAUAUCUAAAUUUAAAUAUGGUUUGUAUUGAUCACUCAAACGCUACUCAAUUUUGAGAGCUGCUCAAAAUAUAUAAAAAUAAAUCUUAUCUAAACGAAUAAUUACUCAAAAGAAACUUAAGAAUUGCGUUAAGUCGAUACAAUUAAUAACAUACGCAUAAUUUCUGAAACUAAAUGUUGACAAAAUGAUUUUCUUACCGGUAAAACAAUAAAUCAAUAAAAAAAUAAUCAUGUUUUAAAUCAAUAAAGGGAUUGUGUUAAAUAUUAGUUUGAUCGUAAUAAGAAUGUACUGCAAUUCUACACAACUGCCUAAUUGAUGUAGUCGGCUGAUAACAAAUCACAGCCAGACACAAAGACUAUUAUUUAACAAAGUGAGGGUAGUUGGGCACAAUAUUAUCGAAAAAGUCAUCUAAGCGAUUCGAUAUUUUAUGGGAUUUUUGUGAUUGACAUUUCAUAAGAAUUUUGACCAGUUAUGAAAGCGACAUCUGUAUUUUAAUUGGCAAUUAUUUAUCCAACAGAAUGUUAAAACACAAUUGAUAUCCAACACAUGAAAUAAAUCGGUCCCAUACCUCACUUGAAAUUGAGUUAGAAUUCUAAGAGCUACUCAAAUUUGAGUAACGUUUGAAUAACCGUCUGCUAAUAUUUUGCAAACAGUUUGUGAAACGCGGUUGUAAAUUAAGUGUAUGCAAUGCGAUCUCUAUAUAUAUUGGUAUAUAUUUAUUUGAUGAUGAGUAUUUUUAUAGAAAUCGGUUGUUAUUAAUAAAACCAUUAAAGUAACAAUCUAUAUUGUUUUGUUACUAAACUUUUUAAGAAUUGGAUGUUUGAAUAUGGUAAAAAAAUGGAAAAGUAUAAGAAAUAUGAUCAUGGGAUUCGAACCCGGGACUUUCGCUUUACGGUUUCGAAUACUUAGAUCGCCUAAGAUGGUAAUAUAUGUACUUAAUCGUAAUUGAAGUAAAUUGAAACGCAAUAGCUUUUUUAAUUACUUGACUCUGUAAAACAAAAUUAAGUUUAUAAUAACAUAGGACCACUUCAAUGAGAGUUAAAUUUGAAAUAUAUAAUUCACUUUUAACAAAAAUAUUUUAACAGCAAUAAAAAAUAAAUGAAAUGUUAGUUCUGUUUUCUCUUGAUAAUGGGAUAUUAUUUUCAAAUUAUGCAUUAAAUUUUAAUUGACUAACAUUAUAAUAUGUAUAUACUUUUUAUAAUAAUUACAUUUUCUAUUAUAAUAAGGACAUAUAAUGUGAAAAUAUAAUAAUUAUUCGUAUAUUUUUGUAUAAUUUAUUGACAAUUUCAAUACAUCACAUACAUUAUUUUCGUAAGUAACAUAAGGAAGAAAGAAAGUAAUAAUCGACUGUGGAAACUUAGUGUUCAUUGAUAACAUUGUUAGACUUAAGUGACCGCUGAUUAGUAGUUUUUGAGAAAAACUAGUUUUUAGUGUAGUAAUUACCGUAAUGUAUGAAAUUGUACAGUUAAAAGGACGAUAAAAGAUCCAGACAGGGUUAUAUUGCGUCUUUACCAAUCUUUUACUAUUAACCGACUUACCCAAAAAUUAAAGAGGUUGUUGCCUUUUUUAGAAUGCGAAGUGGUACCUUCCUUGACGUUGGUAACCUUUUUUGUAGAAAAGAAUUAUGUUAUUAUUAUCUGCCCAUGAGUACCAUCAGAAACAGUCUAGACGUUUCGUUGAUGAGUUUGAACAACGAAACAAAACCGUGUAUUUUCUAUAUAAAAAAGUUGAAUUAUUUUUCGUGAUUUAUUUAUUGAGUGUCAGCCCUACUGUACAGUGUCAUACAUUGAGCUAGCAGUUGUUGCGAAAUGUAGUACAAAAUCUAGGAUGGCCUUAGUGUUUGCUAUAGUCUAGGAUACAUUGUAGCGAACCUUCUGUAGUGUCCUCAAUUCUUUCCCGGUUUUAACAGUGUUGUCAUUUUAUGUAGAAUUUCAGUGUUUACUUUUGAAAUAUAGAAUUUUGAAAUUACCUAUGUUAUAUAAAAUUUUCAACCGACUUCAACAAAAAAGGAGGUUUAUUUGGUCCAGUUCUGAAAAUUUGAAAGAUGUUUAGAUUUUAGUUUAAAAUAGCUAUUCUUAUAAAUUCACAGUUGCUGAUUUUGUGAAUUGUGUGUUUCUGAACCUUCAUUGAAAUUCAUACUCAAUUAUGUGGCAGUAACGUUCAAAGUUCGAGUUUUGCUUACAGUCAGACAAGUUUUUAGUCCAAUUUUUGACAUGACAUUGCUAUCGUGAUAUUUGUAUUGAAAUUUAAUAAAUAAAAUUCAAUAUGAUAAUUAUACAAUUGAUUAUUAUGAUUUGUUGUUUUCCAAUUGUUAUGUCAUGAAUUGAUUAUUCGAUCCUGAUGGAAAAACGAUUAAGCUAUAAGAAACUGCUUCUAGCAUUAAUUGAACUGAUAAAUGUGUUGUCUUGUGAGAGAAUACGCGAUUUUAUACAAUAUUUGGAAAUGAUAUAAUGUUAUAAUUAAAUGUAUGGAAGAUACUCAUGUAAUUCCAUGGCGAUUGAUGGCUAUUUAGGCGCCUUCAAUGAAGUUUACAAGAAACAAUUUUUUGAAAUAGACAUAGACUAUUCUAGUAUAUUUGAUAGAAACUCAUACUCCCAGGUAUGAAUCAUUAAUAAGCCUUGCAUCCUUUGAAAAUGGCUUGGCAUCAUCCAACAUGGUCUAUGUAAGUGGUCACUUAUUAUUGAAAUGAAUGCCCAAUAAUAAAUUAGUGGACUAGCUAAUGUAUGUGUGAAUGUGUAAGAAGUAGCACCGUGUGAGUCUGAAGUAUGUUUUAUAAAUUAGUUUAAAUUAUAUUUUUAAAAGCUUCCGCAAUAAAUUAUUUCAUAUA